AUGACGGACCGACUCCCGCCUAAUCUCCUCGCGCUCUUCGCGCCUCGCCCGCCUUUGCGCUGGGUGCCGCCCAUCGAUCUCCCGCCUGAGCAGCGUAAAACAGCACCCAUCGGUGGUUUGGCUCAGUAUCUCCCGAAAAUUGCUGAGUAUGAACGCGAAUACGAAUAUCACCCGACUGAAAGCUGGCUCGAGCGCCGCGAUCGCAAAAAGCGCGAGAAGGCUGAAGCACUUAAGAAGCUACUUGAGGAGGGCCCGAAGAAUUACAACCCGCAUGCGGACCCCAACAUUCGUGGCGAUGCGUUCAAGACGCUGAUCGUCGCGCGUCUGAGCUAUGAGGCUGAUGAAAAGGAUCUGGAACGCGAGUUCGGCCGGUUCGGCCCUAUCGAGCGCAUCCGUCUCAUCCGCGACACCCAUGCCCAUGAGAAGCCCAACAAAAAAAUCAAGCCUCACCGCGGCUACGCCUUCGUAGUAUUCGAACGCGAGAAAGACAUGAGAGCUGCUCUGGAGGGCUGUGAUGGCAUCCGCAUCAAGGGCCGUCUCAUCAAGGUUGAUGUUGAGAGAGGCCGUACUGUUAAGGGCUGGAAGCCUCGCCGUCUUGGUGGUGGCCUAGGCGGUCGGGGAUACACCAAGCAAGCUGCAUCUCGUCCUAUGGGUCCUGGAGGCUUUGGCGGCGGCUUCCGUGGCGGCUACGGCGGCGGUUUCAGAGCCCGCGAUCGUGGCUUCAGAGGCGGUAGUGGCGGCGGUGACCGUGGCUUCCGUGGUGGUUCAGGUGGUGGUAGCAGUUACAGCGGUCGUGAUCGCGAUCGCGACCGUGGCUAUGGCAGCCCCAACGGCGGUCCUCCUGGCGCACCCAGCGGCCCUAGGGACGGCUAUGGCAGUCGUGACAGCCGCGACCGGCGCGACGGCCGUGAUGGCCGUGAUGGCUCACGCUAUGAUGACAGAUACGGUGGCAGCAGCUAUCGUGGCGACCGCGCUCCUCGUCAGACGGGCAGCAACGCCGAGCCCCUUCGUCCUCGUGGCAGUGCCAGCGGUGGCGACAGUGGUGGGUAUUACGGUAGCAGCAGUGGUCACCGCGACUACGAUCGUCCCAGAGAAGACGACUACUCCCGGAAGCGCAGCUAUGAGGGUAGCUACGAGGACCCUCGCAAGCUGCGGCGCUACUGA